GUAUCGUAAGUAAUGUUUUGUUUAGGCCAUACAUCUUAGCGUAUACGUAAUAAGGUUCAUAUUGAAUAGUCGACGCUACGUCAUUAAACAGAAGGCUAGUGAUCGACAAAUUCGCACGGUUAUCUAACUGCACAGGUGGCUCAGCGGCGUAACGCCAGACACACGAUCCGACGGUUGGAAGUUCGAUCCUCAGCGGCGCAGAAUCUUUUUCCAUUUUUUAAGGAUAUUGGAUUUACUUAUAUUAUUGAUACAUGGUAUUCGGCGAGUCAUUCCAGCUCAAGCCUCCGAAAUAUUAGUACGGUUGUUGUGAGAAUAAUGUACCCGUCAUAAAUGAAAUUAUAAAUGUAAAAUUGGAUGGCAAAAUGCAGUAAUGAUUAAAUUACGGAUAUAAUGUUUUGUUUCCUAUGUGUGUGAAAUUGUGGUGAAGGGCCUAUGGACAUGCCCUUCAUGGUUCGGUUAGAUUGCAACCUGAACGUAGCUAUAUAUGCAAAUAAUUAUCACGCUAGCCGGCGCACUUUGGAUUAGCAGGAUUCCCAAACCGGUGGUUUAAACUCCUCUUGGCGCUCAACAUCUAGUUUUAGCUUAGCUUAGUAAUUAGUCUUAGGUACUAGUGUGUAUUUUAAUUAGAAUAAUAUCUUUUACUCAAGUCACCGACGUUUUAUUGUUGCACCCAGCUUAAACACUCGUAAUAAAUAGCGCCCAACGUUAAAAUAACAGUGUUUGAAGCGGGCAAAACGGCGGUUAGUGAUUUAAAUCUGUUGUGAUUUUAGGGUUACAUUUGGUGAUUUUGGUAUUUGUUAGUUAUUUAGUUAGAUAUUGGUUUUUACUGUGUUAUAUAUUAGUGUUUUGUUUAUUAUUUGGUUAUAUUUUGGUACGUUUGAGUAGUAGGUUAGGUUAUAUAUUUGUAACUGUACCUAUUUGUUAGUUUUAUAAUAUUAUAUUAUAUUAUUAGGAACAUUUUAAAAGUGGUUAAUUGCAACUUAGCCGCACGGUUUUUUUCUGCUUCGCUUUUCUGUUUCCUGGUUUGUUAGCAUAUUUGAUAGUUUUUAGUAAGGAUGGAUCCUAAUUAUUUGCUAAAGGAUGAGCUGGAAUACGAGCUGGAAUGUCGUGGUGUUAGUAUUCAGAGUACAGUUCCGGUUUUGAGAAAGAUUUUAAAGGAGUUGAUGCAGGUAGAACAGACAGAGGGUGCGUCGCGGGGUGGUGGAGCUCCGGCCCGGGAGGUCUUGGAUGCCUCGUCAGAGUUAGAUAAGUGUGUUACUAAAUUGAGCGUUUUGGGUAGUUAUAUUUCCGAGAUAGUGGGGAAGCCAGAUAGAACAUUGUUCAGACGGUUGGUGUCCAGGCUGUAUCAUGUGCAGGGUCGUUUAAUGUCGAUCGUUAAGGUAACGGAAGCAGAGGGUAACCGCAAGGAAAAACUUCAGCAGCGAUGUCAGGUACUGCUGGAAAAGUUAGAAGUUCAGGAUGACGUAUUGGAAGAGGACGAUUUAACUGCACAGGAUAUGGAGAUUUUACAGCAAUCGUUAGGUGAAGUAGGGGUCCGGAUUAUAGAAAAACUAAAGCGGGGGAAGGAGUUGGCAGGUGGAUCCACUGAUACUCCAGGGCAAAACGCAGUAGGGGGAGAAAGGGAAACCGGAAUUCAGCAUGUCAAGGGCACUGGGGACAGAAGUGUUAAUAUUUUAACAGAAAAGGAGGGGGUAGCAGCGCUGCAGGUCAAACCUGGAGAGGCCACCAGGCGUUUAACAUUUGAUGGCCAGUUUAAGGUGAUUUCUGCUAAGGUCAUGCCAAUGUUAAGUCAUCAGAUGCUGUUAGGUAAAGAUUUCUUUGAAGAGUUCGGGAUAUCGUUACAGUUUAGGGGAAAUAAAAGUGAGGUAAUGGAUUUAAGUGAUGCGGCAAUGGAUAAACCGGUGAUUAUAUCUAGUGAAGAUUUGACAAUGGAGCAAAAAGAAAAAUUAGAGCAGGUAGUACGACGUAUGCGACUAGAGAUUGUUGGUACAGAAGAUUUGUCAAAGACUUUGCCUUGGUGGCUGCUCCGCUCCAUGACCUUACAAAAGGUAAAAGAAGAAGCAAUUAUGUUGGACCAAAGAGGCGGAGAAUGCAUUCGUGAAAAUGAAGACCUUACUAACCACGACACCUGUUGUGACAUGUCCGGAUUAUUCUAA